AUGGAUUCUCUGUGGACAACUGUGGGUGUGGGGUGUGAAGAACAUCCAGUUGUCCUCCUUGAAGAAGACCAUCACCACGUCGCCUCCUCUUCGUUCAUAUUUGUACGGUCCAUUCGUUAUCUUCCUGAGUCGCUGCGGCAUCUCAACAUGAAGACGAUUACACUCUUUUUACUUGCUGGCAUUUGCAAUGCGAUUGUGUCCCCGCGCAAGCCGUUUCCUCCCGCUGGAGGCGGGAAUAAACUUCUGACCUACAACGAUACUGUAGUUAAAAGAGCAAUUGCUCCUACAUCUAUCUCUGUGGACUGGAUCUCUACCGACGAGGAUGGCCAGUAUGUGUUCCAGGGAUCGGAUUCAGCUCUCUUCAUCCAGAAUAUCAUAACCCAAACAUACGAGACUCUGAUUGCUGCUGAUAAAGUGCCAGAGGGUGCUUAUGGAUAUUUCGUCAAGCCUGACCUAUCCGCAGUUAUGUGGGCUACCAACCACACCAAGCAGUAUCGGCAUUCAUAUUUCUCAAACUACGUUAUUCAGGACGUUAAGACCGGUGAAUUAACUCCUUUGGCUGAAGAUCAAGCCGGCGAUCUGCAGUAUGCUACGUGGAGCCCUGUGGGAAACGUGAUUGCCUAUGUCCGCGGAAGCAACUUGUUUGUCUGGAAGAACGGUACCACAACUCAAAUUACUUCAGACGGGAGUGUUGACAUCUUAAACGGGGUUCCCGACUGGGUUUACGAAGAAGAAAUUUUUGGUAAUCGAUAUGCCCUUUGGUUCUCACCUGACGGAAAGUCUCUUGCUUUCCUUCGAUUCGAUGAAACUGGAGUUCCAACUUAUACCGUUCCAUACUAUAUGAACAACCAGGAGGUGUCUCCACCCUACCCCCGGGAACUCGAUAUUCGGUAUCCUAAGGUAUCCGAAGCAAAUCCUACAGUCCAAUUUCAUCUUUUGGAUAUGGAUUCCCUCAAAAGCACUGUCGUUGCUACCGAUGCGUUCCCUAAGGAUGAUCUGAUCAUUGGUGAAGUUGCAUGGGUCACUGAGAACCACGACAAGGUGGUGUUCCGCGCCUUUAACAGAGUCCAGGAUCGUUCAAAGAUUGUCUUGGUAGAUACAACGUCUUCAAAAACUUCAGUCGUCCGUGAGAUAGAUGGCUCUGAUGGGUGGCUGGACAAUCUAUUGUCCAUCACCUACGUUGGCGAGAUCCAAAAUCCUAAAUUUAAACCUGGCAGCUCCUACUAUGUAGAUAUCUCCGAUGAGUCGGGAUGGGCACAUUUGUACUUAUUCCCUGUGCAAGGAGGUGAACCAGUUACAUUAACCUCCGGGGAAUGGGAAGUCACAGCUAUUCUUAGCAUUGAUACCAAGCGCGAACUGAUCUACUACCAGUCCACCAAGCAUCACCCCACAGAACGGCACCUAUAUUCCGUUUCCUACAGAACAUUCAAAGACAAAGCCCUUGUUGAUGACAAUGUCGCCGGAUACUGGUCCGCAUCCUUCUCGUCCAAAGGUGGAUAUUACAUCCUUUCUUACAAUGGCCCCGAUGUUCCCUACCAAGAGCUAUUCUCGGUCGAUUCACCUAAACCACUCCGGGUUAUCACCAGCAAUGAGGCAGUUGUCAACAAGAUUAAAGAGUACAAUUUGCCAAAGAUUAGCUACUUCGACCUCCCCAUUAAAUCCGGCUACACGCUUUCUGUUAUGCAACGCCUUCCAGCGAACUUUAGACCCGGAAAGAAAUACCCUGUCCUCUUUAUCCCAUACGGUGGUCCAGGAGCUCAAGAAGUGAGCAAAUCCUGGAAAGCGUUAGACUGGAAAGCCUACAUUGCAUCAGACCGUGAGUUAGAAUACAUCACCUACACCGUCGAUAACCGCGGCACGGGCUUCAGAGGUCGCAAAUUCCGUUCUACAGUCGCGAAGCAGCUCGGCUUCCUCGAAGCCGAGGACCAAGUAACCGCAGCCAGGGAAAUCAGCAAGAAAAAUUUCGUGGACAAUGACCGCAUUGGAAUCUGGGGCUGGAGCUACGGCGGCUACCUCACAUCCAAAGUUCUCGAAACGAACUCCGGCGCCUUCUCCUUCGGUAUGAUCACUGCGCCCGUCUCUGACUGGCGCCUCUACGACAGCAUGUACACUGAACGCUACAUGAAGACCUACGAGCUCAACGAGGCUGGCUACAACAGCAGUGCUCUUCGCAGGGCAGCAGGUUUUAAUAAUGUUGCCGGUGGCUUCCUUGUGCAGCACGGCACGGGUGAUGAUAAUGUGCAUUUCCAGCAUUCGGCGGCGUUGGUUGAUAUACUGAUGGGCGCUGGGGUGUCACCGCAGAAGAUGCAGGUGCAGUGGUUUACGGAUUCGGACCAUAGCAUUCGGUAUAAUGGAGGAAGCGAGUUUUUGUAUAAGCAGCUAACGAAGAUGUUGUAUGAACAGAAGAUUAGGGAUGUGAAGAAGGUUGAGAAGCAUCAAUGGAGUCGGAAGCGGGCUGGAAGCUAUAAGUGA